AUGAAUCAACAACUCAGAUCGGCAGAAUUAUAUUGGAAUCAAUUAUUGAAAACACGUAAUUAUAGCCACAGUCCAACGUCAGAUAUUUGUACGGUAUUAAUCAGUUCACCACGUGGCACACAUCCAUUAUUACAUUAUACUCUCUCGUCACUUGUUACAGCAAUGACACCUGCAGACAAAUCGACUAUGGAAAUUCUAGUUUAUAAUACCGCUCAUUUUUGGGAUGGAUGGGAAAAAAAAGAUAUACCACUUCUACUUCUCUUAUCUGCCUGCAUUUCAGCAUUUGUUAUAUUGACUUGGUUCGCUAUUGACAACCGAAAACGUUAUAGAUCAAGGCAGUGCAUCAUAGAAACAUAUGAAAGAUUUGGGAAUAUUUCACUAUAUUCAAUAAUUAUUUUACUAACAUUUUGGCUAAUUUGGUUUGGAUUCGUUCUUCUAAUCUUGAUAUCAACUAAUCGUCAAAAUUUUCAAUUUCUUGUUGGUCUAAGAGCUGGCGUUCAUCCGAUAGAAUCGUCUGUUCCCGGUACUCUUGCGCAAUUAUAUCCUCGGUGGAUAAUACCAAUACUUGAACAGUUCCUUCGUAAACGAUUACAACAAGGUUUACUUUUGAAUAUGCCAAUACCUAUUGAUUUGUUAUUAAUUGAAUUUUUGGAACAAAAAUAUACAAAUUUUCAACAGUGUCAUCUUGUGCCGGAUUUAGUGGAUCAUAUUGGAGUUUAUUCAUCAUCUAUUAACAAAAAUCAAGGAAGUUUUCUAUCUAUGAAACAAAGUGGAACAUUUCGAUGGAACGAAGCAGCAAUCGAUUUCAAUUUGAUUUAA